AGUUCGUCGGACGUGAUGUCAUCAUGUUGAUAUCAGCCAAUAGGAAUCCACUAUACUUCAAUUUUGGUGCGAAAUCUCAACAUUCGGCUUAUUCGUUGCAUCAAGGUACGACCGUACAGGUUCUCUUUUACCGAAUUAAUUACUCCAGACAUAAAAAUGCCGCUCCACGUAUCAAGCAAGGAAAACAUCAGUAAUAACCUUAGUAAAGUAAAUCUUAACGGGAAGAAUUCUCCUAAAAAAAUUUGUGUAGAGCCAUAUAUAUCGAAUGACAAAGGUGUUAAAAACAAUGGCAUUUCUAAAAUUACAAAGAAAUUGGAUCUUAAGGAGAAUGGCUUUGAUCCAGAACUAGAGCCUCUACUCAAAGAGAAUCCUCGUAGAUUUGUUGUAUUUCCAAUCGAAUGGCCAGAUAUCUGGGCAAAGUACAAGGAAGCAGAGGCUUCCUUCUGGACUGCAGAAGAAGUAGAUUUAGGCGAGGACGUGAAGCACUGGGUAAAGUUAACAGAUGACGAACGUCAUUUUAUAUCCCAUGUAUUGGCGUUUUUUGCAGCAUCAGAUGGUAUUGUCAAUGAGAAUCUAGUAGAACGGUUCAGUCAAGAAGUCCAAGUAACGGAAGCACGGUGCUUCUAUGGUUUUCAAAUAGCAAUUGAAAAUGUACACUCAGAAAUGUAUUCCCUCCUUAUAAACACAUUCAUCAGUAAUGCCGAAGAGAGGGAUUUUCUCUUCAAUGCCAUCGAGAAUCUUCCCUGCGUUGCUAAAAAAGCCAAUUGGGCCUUAAAUUGGAUUUCGCAUGACACAGCAACUUUUGCAGAACGUGUGAUUGCGUUCGCAGCGGUAGAAGGAAUCUUCUUCAGUGGUAGUUUCGCUGCUAUCUUUUGGCUGAAGAAACGUGGUAUCAUGCCUGGACUUACAUUCAGCAACGAAUUAAUUUCCAGAGAUGAGGGACUUCACUGCGAAUUCGCUUGUCUAAUGUUCAAACACAUUAUACAGAAACCUUCUCAGGAACGAGUUAUCUCCAUUAUCAAGGAUGCUGUGGAAAUUGAAAAAGAAUUCCUCACGGUAGCACUUCCAGUCCAAAUGAUUGGAAUGAAUUGCACUCUCAUGUGUCAGUACAUCGAAUACGUCGCCGAUAGACUUCUAAUAGACUUAGGAUGUCCACGCGUCUAUGGCUCUAACAAUCCCUUCGACUUUAUGGAACACAUCUCCCUCGCAGGCAAGACGAACUUCUUUGAGAAAAAGGUUGGUGAAUACAUGAAGUUCGGUGUUAAUCAGACAGAAGAGAAAACUAAUGGUGCGUUCAAAAUGGUCGAAGAUUUUUAACAAGGAUUUAAUAACAUCAAUUUGUGAUAUAUUAUGUAAAAAAAAACUGGUACACCGAGCGUGCUCGGGUUCUAAUAUCUUCUGUAAGUUUUCUAUAUUUGUAAAGAUAUUGUAUUAGCUUGUAGAUUUUGAUAAGUUGACUAGGAACAGUUUUAUUCCGUAAAAAGACCUGUAUGUCUGUUUGAUAUAAAGCCAUUCACCUGGUCGAAUGACUGUGACAUAGAAGUGCAAUUUUGAAAAUUCGUCGCUGGUGCUGACUCGCGUGUUACACGUGCAAAAAUUCUAUUUCUAUCAGGUGGAGACUAUAUCUUUGUGUGCGCACUUAGGCUGAUUGCUUUCAUAGGAAAUUUACAAAUUCUUAUGUAAAUGACUAUCGCGGUUGUUCUAAAAUAUUUAUCUACUGCAUUUUUUCAUUUAAUGAUUGUCACAUAGCCUGAAUGAUACAGUUAAUCAAUAUGUACAUUUUAUUUCUCAGAUCCUAGCAUUAUCUGUAUGCUUGCGGUAUUCACUUAAGUUACAUGGUAUCGUACUUAUAUUUUAUAUAACGAUCAGAUAAAUUACAGUUAGAAUAAUAAAUUGCCUAGUAAUUUAA